AUGACAUCCAAUUGUUUCAAUCAACCAUCUUCGAUCCGUGAAACCAGUUAUCUGUCAUCACCCUCACCAGCACCGUCGUCAAGACUACGAGUGAAAGUCAAAGUUUUUUAUUCAUUUCGAAAUCAAUUAUCCACACGCUUAACGACGUUUCCAUUGGUGAUCCAUGCCGAGAAUGAACCUGAAUUCAUUCCCAUUUCCUUAUCCAGCUGUUUGUGGGCAAUUUGUUCUUCCAGUCCUGAUAUAUUAUGCCGUGACCAUGAUUUGUCGAUUUAUUCGGCCAACCUGCAAGAAUCACCUCAUGGCAACAUGAGUGAUGGUCGUCACUCAUUUGUAUGGGAAGGUCAUGGCCUCAUGUCGUGGAUUAUGGACCGACCUUCUGACGACGCCACUUCCAUUACAAUAUAUGGUAAAUCCAAUCCUGCGGAAGACGGCCAUUUUGAUCGAUACAGUCAUGUCUAUAUUGAGUUACAACCUACUGUGCGAUGGUCAAGAGAUGAAUAUUACGAUGCUUUAAGGACGCAAAAUUAUGCUUCACUGAGAAAUGCGUUGGGUUCGCCGCCGCAUGUGGUAACUUGCCAUUGUUUGGAUAAACAUCCGCGAAAGUCCAACGAAGUGGACGUGAUCCCUGAACCGCCACGUCGAUCGUCGCCUCCUCUGAUGAUUUCACCGCAUUUGCCACCGCCGCAUCCAGGAUUAUCGUAUCAACCGAUAUUUCGUCCUGAACCAAUUUUUCCUGGCCCGUCCACUCACAAUGCGGGUGGUGCAAGUGGGGGUGGGGGUGGGUUACCCUAUAAACCACAGUCAUGUCCCUCCUCAUCUCCGCCAUUAUCACAGGUUACCGAAUCACGCCGAGACUUCAAACCUUAUCUUGAUGAAAUUCCGCGCCAGAGCCGCCAUGACGAGAAUGACUCGCUUCCUUCGGCCGAAUCACAAGAUAUGGCAGUAAUACACCAUCGACCAAGGACCGACAACAGACGUCUUUUAACUUAUGACCCUGCACGCCAUACCUAUCGGACCUCUGACCGACCGUUGCCUUCCCCUUCGUUUGCCGUCGAACGAAGGUCGGCCUUUACACCGACUUUGGACCCGACCGAAUUGGGCGCUUCACGAUCCCACCUCCCUUCCAUUGCCACUGAAUCCUCCAUACCCGUCAUUUACACGCCUAGCCAUAAGAAACGCAAAAAAAAUCCGGUGGCAACGGCUCCAGAAUUCAAAACUCAGCAAGUCAGCACGGCGGUGCGUACCUUUUAUGAAGUCGAUCGUGACGAAAACGGCAAUUACAUUUUGCCCGUAGAAAUUGAUUCAUGGACCGUCGUCGAUUUAGGCACAAUUAUCUAUGACCGUCCCGCCUACCAUAAUCAACGCUAUAUCUAUCCUGUAAACUAUACGGUGCGCAAAUGGUAUCGCAGCAUGACUGAUCCGAAAAGUGAUACGCAAUAUACUUGUCGGAUAUUGGACAAUGGCAGGGAACCCAAGUUUGAAGUGACUGCUGACGAUUGCCCAAUGACCUAUUCCGGUCCUACGCCUACCACUGUAUGGACCAUCAUUGUUAGACGUGCGUUUGCUAUUCGGAAUCAAGAGUAUGGUCAUAAUCCUGUUGGACCUGACUUUUUCGGCUUGCGCAAGAACACGAUUGCCAAAAUGAUUCAAGAUUUACCAAAUGCAUCCAAAUGUUCACAAUACGUGUGGCAAAAUUUUGAACCUGCGAGGUUUAAUAAACCAGGUCGUAAUCGCCGACGGACCGAUCCCACCAUGUCUGGUGCCCUCUAUGGUGGUGUAAAUUACAGUCUGACAAGCAAUCGAUUGUUCUCGACCAACCAUCAUCCUCCAACGCAACCAUCUCAACAGCAGCCACUUGGAUCGUCAACAACAAAAUCAGGUCAACAGCCAUCAGACAAUGGUUCAACUCAUGCUUCAGUGACCGAGGCUCGUCUAUCACCUUCCAUGUCUUCGCCUUCCACAUCGUCUGUCACUUCUCCGUCUUCCUUGGUAGUAGCUGCCACUCCCUCUUCCACAAUGACAACCCAUCCUACAUCAGCGCCCGCUCCUACCCUGCGCGAAAAUCCUUAG